AUGCCUAAGUUUAGAAAAAGUAAAAACAAGCCUUCAAGAAACAGAAACCCUCUAUAUGUAGACAUAGAGUCUGCAAAUUGCCCUUACUCGAAGCCAAAAAAAAACAAACCUAUAGAUUCUUUUCACGACUCCCUCUAUGAUAACUUUCCAAAUGAAGACCAACUUCCUUUUGAAAUACCGCAAAGCCUUGGAAAGAAAAUCCUAGAUGAAGCAAAUCAGCAGCUCCUUCAUGAUUUGUAUGACGAUGAAAUGCCAAAAACUGCAAUUAGCACAGAGUUUAACGAAUCUGAAGAAAAAUCCGGUUUUUCUGUUGAUAACAACGGUUUCGUAUGCAUUGAUGAAAAUGAACUUAGAGCAAUUGAUAAUGCAGGAAUGGAUGACUCAUACUGGAGUGAACUACUAAAAAAUGAUGGGAAUGAAGACCAAUUAAUUAAAAACAUUCACAAUCAAUCGGUUAUUGUGGAUUCGAUUGUUUCUAGAUUGCGUGAAAACAACUUAGGAAGAGAACUGUCAGACGAAACUAAAUCAAAACAAAAUUCUAACAUUCCUGAAAAGGUUGCUCAGGUAUAUACUUCUAUCGGUGAAUGGCUUAGUAAAUACAAAUCUGGAAAACUUCCAAAGGCAUUUACUAUUAUUCCAAAACUUGAGAAUUGGGAGGAAGUGGUUUAUCUUACUGAUCCAAACAAUUGGUCUCCAAAUGCAAUGAAUGAAGCAGUUCGAAUUUUUUGCUCAAACUUGUCUCCAAAAGAUUCGUUAAAAUUUUAUUCUAAAAUUCUUUAUCCUACAAUUAGAACAAACAUAUCUCAAAAUUAUGGCAAAUUGAAUUAUCAUUACUAUCAAGCUCUCAAAAAAGCUAUAUUUAAACCUGCUGCAUGGUUCAAAGGAAUUUUAUUGCCACUUGCAGAAGAUGAAACUUGUACGAUUAAGGAGGCAAUUAUAAUUGGUAGUAUUCUUAGCAAAGUAAGUAUUCCCGUUCUUCAUACAGCAGCAGCAAUAAUCAAGCUUUCUCAAAUAAAAAUAUGGAAUACGUGUCAAACACAUUUUAUAAUGGUCUUACUUAGUAAAAAAUACUCAAUGCCAAAGAAAGUAAUAGAUGAAUUGGUAGAUAAUUUUACCAAAUUUGACCAAAAAUCUAUAAAUAACGACUCUUCUGUGUUUUUUUCGCAUAAUAAUAUCAACUUGAAUUCAAGUAAUAUUCAGACAAAUAGUAUAUUGCCCAUAACUUGGCACAAAACUCUUUUGGUAUUUGUUCAAAGAUACAAAUACGAGUUUUCGUUAACCCAAAUCAAGAGGCUAAAUGAUUUAGUUAGAAGUCAACAUCACUACCUUAUAUCCCCUGAAAUUAUACGUGAACUUUCUCAUUCGUUAAUUAAGGUUCCGAAUGAAGCCACAUUACAAUGA